AUGGCCCGAAAGCGCAAGAGUAAGGUCAACAAGACGCCCGAGGCAGCGGAGAUUGACUCCAAAGUGCCGCGAAGCUUUGUUUUCAAUCGUAACAAGCUCGGCCCAGCGGCGAGCCACUUGAUGCUAGAGAUGCGCAAAGUCAUGUCACCCUACACGGCGACCAAACUCAAGGUCCGCGAAAAGAACGUACUCAAGGAUUUUGUGUCCGUGGCUGGACCUUUGGGUGUGACCCACUUUAUGAUGUUUGGCCGUUCCGACGUCUCUCUUAAUCUGCGUUUGUCCCGUGUACCGCGCGGCCCAACUUUGACCUUUCACGUUGAACAGUUUUGCCUGAUGAAGGACGUGGCUGCCAUCCAAAAGCACCCGCGAGCUGCCGUCAAGCAAUACACCCAUCCAGCUCUGCUUGUCCUCAACAACUUUGGAGGUGACGCCAAUCACCUUACGCUCUGCGCCAAAGUUUUACAAAACAUGUUCCCCAGCAUUUCAGUGGGCGAGGUGGAAUUGACCACUAUUAAGCGAGUUGCGCUGUUCAACUAUGACGCCGAGUCGCAAUGCAUCGAGUUUCGUCAUUACGAACUCGUCGUCCAACCUUUUGGGGUGUCCAAGACUGUCAAGAGUAUCCUCAAGACCGAGGUACCAGAUCUUGGCAAGCUGGAGGAUAUCAGCGAAUUUCUCAUGCGGGGCGAUGUGGCCUAUGAAAGUGAUGGCGAGGGCAUUGCAGAGGCCGUGGACCUUCCAGAGCCAGCCCACAAAUCUCAUCAGCGUGGGGGCAAAUCACGCCUCAAACUUGUUGAGCUUGGUCCUCGCAUGAACCUUCGCUUGCUCAAGAUUGAAGAGGGCUUGUGUGACGGCAAAGUUUUGUAUCACGCACUGCGUAAGUUGAUCGUUGGCCUGGGGCGCAAUUUUUGCAAACGUCCUGUUGCACGCGUCGAUCGGUUGCCUGUGUGA